ACCCACCUGAACGAAACAUCUCCGAUACCAUCAGUUUUGUACCAUCAACAACUCCAGGAGACUGUAACAUAUAUUCACAUCCCAAUAUUGUUUAUCUUAGCUUGACAGCCAGCCGGUGCGCAAGCUUGAUCUGGCCCCUAUGACGUGCAUGACUAGAGGAUCGUGGGUCAGAUCUUAGCUCCUAAGAUUUGGGGUAAGCGCACCCAGCCACAUCCGGCGGCACGCCUCACGGAGCACCACCUCAUGCUUCCACAUGAUGUGAUCCCUCAAUUCAUACUAGCUACACACAGACAUCACCGGCAUGACUCGCCGCUCUACUGCGUUCGUGACUAAAAGGCCGCAUCGCAAGUCGAGGGGCGGGUGCUUGACUUGCAAGAAGAAGAAAGUGAAGUGUGACGAGACGCAGCCUAUAUGUGGAUACUGCAACCUCCGGAAGUUGGACUGCGAAUACAUUCAAGAUACACCCUCGACAUCUCGGACUUCGUCGGCAGGCUCAUUGUCUCGUGAUGAGGCUCAACCAUCGGCCUCCAACAGUCCAGUAGACUUCAAUGAUCUUUCCAUCCAGUUGGUACCAUACCUGAACCCACACUGCCAUACAUCUAUAGGCACACUUACGGCCCUUGACAAUCAUCUACUGCAAUACUACAGGACAGACGCCUACCGCACCGUUGUAUCCUGCGACGAUGCCAUCAUACAAAAUCUACACAAAGAGACCAUACCCCAAUUAAGCGUCUCCAACCCUUUUCUCCUAUACGCCUUACUCGGCAUGACAGCAACCUACAGCAACAACAUCACACCCAACAAAACAGUCGAAAAGCAAGCCCUUCUCUACCGCCAAAAGACCUUUUCCACCUAUAAAGAAGCCCUCAAGAAUAUCACAGCCGAAAACUACGAAGCCGUCCUCGUAACAGGAGGACUCCUUCUCGCGCUCGUCCCCGCGCCAACCACCGACACAGACGAAGAUUACCUUGAAUGGGUACUCGGUCUGCUCAAACUAAGCGAAGGCCUCCGUAUCCUCGCCUCCCUCCGCUGGGCCCAAGGCAUCGAAAAACUCUCCGUGUAUCCUCUAGUACGCCGGGAAAUCAAGACACUGCCACCAGCACCCAUCAUCGACGUCACGGGUAUCGAAGCGCCCAUCGGUCCUCUGGGAACUACGCCUGAUAACCCUAAUCCAGCACCGACAUACACGCCGAUCCAUUUCCCCACGCAAACCCGCCUCUUUCUCCCACCGCUCUUGAUGCAACUCCUCCAGAGCGUUAUCCGAGGGAAAGAGUCAGGAACGCUAGAUUGGCAUCGACCAACCCUUCUCCCCGUCUUCCACGCUCUAUCCCCCAUCUUCCUAUCCCUGUAUUACUACCGGUUAGACUCUGAUUUCUACGUCCGCAUAUUCGUGUGGACAUCGUUCCUCAUGCCGGAUUAUCUCCAAUUAUUGAGGGAUAAAGAACCAAGGGCUCUGGUGCUAUUCGGAUGGUGGCUUGCGCUGGCGAAUCUAGCGCCGAAGGGGUGGUGGACAGGCAAGCGAGUGCGUAAGACUAUUGAGGCGCUGGGGCGGGCGAUUCAAGCGCAGCCUGUGGGGGAUGGUGGGUUUGCAGGGCGCGUCUUGAAUAGUGCAUUGAGGAUUGUCGAUGUUAUGGAGACGGAGGGUAGGGAGGCGGCGGCUAAGGCGGUGUUUGACGAUUGGCCUGGUGUUCAUUGGGAGGAGGGACCGGUCAGGGCUCAGGCGUGGGAGUAUGGUCAGCUGGUGGAUUUGGGGGAGUUGGGGGUGUUGGAUGGCGGUUUGGAUAUGGAUGCUGCUGUGGGUAUUGAUCUACAGGAGCUUGGUAUAUCGGUUUGAAGUAGACAUGAAUGCCGUUGCG